UGGCGGCUACCGCCAGAAAGGGACUGGAAAAAACGAUGUUUUCAUAUAAAGAGGAAAUAAUACAACAACAGCAACAGGAAAUGGAAAAUUGA